AUGACUUCCUACGAUAGGCAUCGCCAACUGCAAAAUUUGCGGGAUGACACCUCUGGAGAAACUCGACAGUUGCAGACAAUGACAGAAGAAGAUCGCCCCAAGACAGCAGACGACAAUCCCGAGGCUGAGUAUGAACGACCUCGAUCUAACAUUGAACCAACGGAAAGCCCAGAAGUCGAAUAA